UCUGCUACACACUAAUCUCUACCAAGCUUCAUUAAGUUUUCCAGCAAAAGAUGACAUACCAGAAAAAUAUAUGUCUUUCAUGGGUAGCAUUCUGUUCAGGGGGAAAAGUUAUAUGACAAGGAGAUUUGUGUUUAAUGCUAAAGCCAUAAACAUUCUACGAGACAAAGCAAAGAGCGAGGUCGUGCCCAAUCCAACACGUAUAGAGACGCUAACUUGUUUUCUUUGGAAACACGCUACAGCUGCUUCUAGAUAUGGCAGUACUUCACGAAGAGCAUCAAUAGCAGCGCAUGCAGUGAACAUAAGGCCGCGAUUGAAGCCCUCGAUGUUAGAUAACGCCAUUGGAAAUAUUCUUUGGUGGGCAACAGCAACUAACAUCCCUACUAAUAAGAGAGAAACUGAUGAUGAUGGUCAGUUGUGUGAUUUGAUGAAGCUUUUACAUGAAUCUAUCAAAAGAUUGGACAAAGACUAUUUGAAGACAUUGCAGGGAGAAAAGGGAUUUGGAGCCAUUUCUGAGUUCAUUGAUCGCCAAAUAGAGGUUGUGUAUUCUUUGGAACCAGAAACAUAUAUAUUCACCAGCUGGACUAAGAUUUUGAAGGAAGUUGAUUUUGGAUGGGGGAGACCAUUUUGGAUUGGGGUCAAGGGGAAAGUAGGAUCAACUCUUGGCAAUCACACGGUGUUCGUUGAAACACAAUGGGGCAAGGGCAUAGAAGCAUGGGUGACCUUGGAGGAAAAGCAAAUGGCUGUAAUGGAAAAUGAUCCUCAGUUUUUAGCAUUUACUUCUCCAAACCCACGCAUUUCAAGCAUGUGAUAUUGUCAAACCAUGGCCAAGGAAUAAGAAAAGCCGAAAAUGUUACUUUGGUUAUCAUCAUCUACAAGCUAAUUUGCCACCAAGCCUUCAGUGUGAAACAAUAAUUCAAGACAACUAAGCAUUAUCAUGUACUAUAACCAAUAGUGAGUGAGUGUGUGUGUGUGUGUGAAACCAUGGCCAAGGAAUGAGAAAAGCCCGAAAUGUUACUUAGGUUGUCUUCAACCACACGCUUUUUUUGCAACCAAACCUUCAAUAUGACACAAUAAUUCAAGACAACUAAUCAUUGUCAUGUAUCAUAUCGAAUAUUAUGCAUGGUGUGUAUCAAAUCAUGGC